UGACAAACAAUAUCUUGUCCUAUCUUGUGAACUCAACAAAUCCAACCUCCCCUACCAAAAACAUUACCAUUGCAAUGAAUGAACAUCAAUUCAUCCUCAUCAAUCUGGUCUUCACAUUUGACUAUUUGGUUGCCAACUUGUUUACCUUUCCUCUCUACAUUUAUAUAUAUAAUUCAUCUUCAGUGGUGAUCAAUGAACAUGAACUUGAAGAGAACCAUCAAUGGCUUCUUUCAGCCAUCAACUUUCAGAUUUUAAUGGAGAGUAGCUUUGUUAGGGUUUGACAUCACACUUUGUAUAUUUUUGCAACUCAUCAUGCAUCCAUUCAUGUGUUAAAAUCCAAGGAAAAUUGGAGUUUUCUUGAGUUUUUACUCAUUUGAUUUUCAUGUAUGUGAUUGUAGUUUGUGCUCUGACCUUUUCAAUGGUUCAUUGUCUUCAAUGCUAUAAAACCCUAGUUAUGUUUAUUUCAUUGUGAAUUUGGAUUGGAAUAUGAUUUAACAAUGGAAUGUGACAAGAUAGCAAUGUCCAAAAAUUCAGCUUGUUGUUCUCUUGAGCAUGUUGUUAGUGUUGGAAAUUAUGGUAGAGGCCGAUCUCCGGGGAGGGUUUCCGGUGAGGUGGAGCUGGAAAACACGGAGUUGCAGUUGGCACAGGUGUCGAAGGGAGCUCAGAAAUUGAAAGAAAUGAUUGAUUCUUGGUCGAAGGUUCCCAACGUCAAUAGAAGAUCGAAAGAUGUUGCGAGAGAUCUUCUCAGAAGUGCAAUUGUUCUUCAAGAGUCUUUGUCCAUGCUUGCCAAGCUCCAAGAGGCAUCGAAGCAUAUGUCGAAAGUGAAGCGAAAUAAGGUGGCAAAUGAGGUUGAAUUUGAAGAAAUUAGUAGUUCCCGGAGAUUUUCGAUUGAUGGAAGCUUGCAUAGGUUGCAAGAACCUCGGCUUUCGGUUGAUGGAUCUUCAAAGGGUUGUGCCGAUGAGCUGAGGAAAAUCAUAGGGGACAGUCUUUUCAGGCAGAAUCUCUUGUCUCGCCCUUCCGAAGAUGAGAUGGCUCAAUCAAGUAGAUCACUGAGAUUUAAUCCUGAUGAUGAAUUCAAAGAACCAUUUCUGCAAACUAAGAAGGUGAAACAACCGAAUUUGAUUGCUAAACUUAUGGGUCUUGAUGAAGUACCUUGUGAUGCUAUUCAGAGAGAACACGAGAAGAAUUUGAGUUCGAUGAAGCUUCCUCAGAAGCAUCACAUUUUUUAUACUGAACACCCGAAGAUGAGAAAGGCACAAGUGCUGCGGGAAAAUACGGAUCUGAGGAAGAGAACAUUGCAAGACAUAAUUGAAAGAAGUCAAAGAACGCAACUCAAAGGAUUUUUGAGGAAUGGCCAAGUUGAAGACACAAGUAACAGUUCAAUGGUUUCUAAGUUAUCAGCAUCGAAACGAUAUGAUGAGUGUUUUAAUGAAGAUGAUGAAGUGCCACCGAUUGUCAUUGUGAAGCCUGCAAAGCUGAGUAAUCGGGAGAAACGAGACGACAAGAGGGAGGAGCCUCAGGUUCAGAAGACUGAUACUAAAUCAGCUCAAUCUAUUAAAGAAGAGAAGGUGCUUGGUAAAGGGAGGGUUUUAUCGGAUAAAACAGCAAGGAAAGAAGCAACGAGUAUCGAGAAGACUAAAACCGAAUUCUUUCAUAAGGUCAAGGAAUUAGAUGGUAACAAGCAGCAGCAGAAAAAGGAAGCAUUUACAAACAAUAAAAUGUUUGAUGAUUGGAAAAAACCAUCACUGAACACGAAGAAGUUAGAAGUGAAAAAUGAUAUUAAGGUGACUAAAACAGCAAAAUCUCUGGCUAAGACCUCAAAAACAUCACCUAAGUCAGAAGAGAAAGUAACUACUGCAGUGGCAAAGAAUCAUCUUCUUUCUUCACAAGCAAUUAGACAGCAGAAAUAUAGUUUGAACAGCAUGCCGAAACAUAUUGUAGAAAACUCCAUCAGUUCUCUGAAGGAAAGGAAGAAAACUGCUGCAAACCCAGUUAAAACAUCAACCACCACCACCGCCGCCAAAGCAGCUCAUUUUUCACAGAAAAAUUGCAAGAAGAGAACAGAUGGGAAAGAGGUCAAACUUGUACACAGAACUAAUAUCAUUUUGCCUGCUGAUAAUCAGAAAGCCUACAGCAAAGAUGACAAAACAGAAUACGAAGAAAAUCAUUGUGAAGCCAAACAAAAUCUCAUUGCAGAAACAGCAGAAGCUAUUCAUGUCCCAAAGAAAAACAAACCGAUAAGCGAUGAUAUGAAAUGCAUUCUUUUGACCAGUCAGUCAUUCUUCAUGCAAGCACAAGAGCUCAUCAAUUCCAAACACCAACCAAUUUAUCGGCGGAAAAACAUUGAAUUUGUUGAUACAACCAAUGCUAAACUCUUCUUGGAUUGUGCAAAUGAAGUAAUGUCGAGGAAAAGACUCCAAAAUGAACUAUCAAGACAUCCUAUGCUGCAAGCUUGCAUUUGGAGCCCCACAUUGUACCAUUCUCUUGAUCAUUUACUGCAGGAGAUCAGCAAUGAGUUUGAAAAACUCACUAGUUACAACUCUGCCGAUCAUUCUGCCACUGCUGAAGAUGAUGAUCUUUAUGUCAGAUUGGAGAAAGAUCUCCAAAACAAGGACAUGUUAAUUGAUUCAAUGUGGGAUGUUGGUUGGUUGAAUUUAUGUUGUGUGGAAGAAGUCGACGAAGUUGUUGGCAGGGUAGAGAAGGAAAUCAUAGAUUGGCUCAUUGAAGAACUUGUUUUGGAAGUACUAUAGUAACUACCGUCUUUUGUUUGCUGAAACUUUGCUGACAAUGUUCAUCAAGCAUCUGCUAACAAAUUUACUUUUUUU